AGUUUGUAUCUUUGUCAAUUCUCACUCUUUGACUCCAGCACAGCCGGUCAUAACACGAUCUUCAUCGUCAAAAUUACCCGCCUGCGAUCUUUGAUUUUCGUGUUGGCUACGUAAUGGGAAAAAGGUAUUCUUACAAACAUUAAGCCACAAUGCGUGCACCAUCACUUUUUGCACAGUGCUUGCCUGGCUUGCUACUACCUCAUGACCAGGGGAGUCACAGCUUGUCUGCCAUUUCUGAUAGAGAUAUGAAUAUUUCCUCACCAGCUGUGGAGAUUAUCCCAUCUAAGAUGACUCAGCCGUAUAAAUAUGCAGGGGAGAGUAUUGACUUACAUGGAUUCAAUGUCUUCAAGGGACGGGUUAGUGUUGCGGACCUAAUUGGGUUAGCUGGUUCAGAAAUCAUGCCUUCAAAACCUGACGGAUCGGUUAAAGCUGGGGAAAUCUCAAUUGAUCUUGUUAAUGUUCUUAAACAUGAGAUUCGAGAUGGGCAGUUAAGCUUUAGAGGGAAAAGGGUGCUUGAGUUGAAUUGCAGCUAUGGUCUUCCUGGGAUUUUUGCUUGUUUGAAGGGAGCAGCAACAGUUCACUUCCAAGACCUUAAUGCAGAAACUGUAAGAUGCACAACCAUCCCGAAUGUGAUGGCUAAUCUUGAACAGGCUCGUGAAAGGCAAAGCAGACAACCAGAAACCCCAUUGACUCCAUCAAGGCAAAACCUCACCCCAUCAGUACAAUAUUUUGCAGGAGGAUGGGAAGAACUUCCUACUGUUCUAUCUGUUGUAAGAAGUGAUCAACCUUCCGAAGUGCCAACUGUUCCAAGACUAAGCUACUCUGAAGAGGAUCUCAUGGAUGCUUGUAGCAGCCAAGAUGAAAGCAUAGUGGCACACGAGUCUUCCUCAAGGCGGUCGCGAAAGCUCUCAAGAAGCAGCAGGGCAUGGGAGAGAGCUUGUGAGACUGAACAGGAUGAAGAUGGAUAUGAUGUGAUCUUAAUGAAUGAAAUCCCUUGCUCCUUAACAUCAUUGAAGAAGAUAUAUGCCCUCAUCAAAAAGUGUUUGAAGCCUCCUUAUGGGGUGAUAUUUCUCGGGAUGAGAAAGAACUAUGUGGGAUUCAACAGUGCUGCAAGGCAACUAAGAAGCUUGGUGGAUGAAGAAGGAAUAUUUGGGACACAUAUAGUGAAAGAGACAGCAGACAGAGAGGUUUGGAAAUUCUUCUCGAAAUGAAAGAACUGAGCCAAAACCAAAUCAUGAAUGAAGUAAGUAAUUCUAACUCGAGAAUUUUAUUCAUUUGUUCUUUUGUCUAUGGACGAUCAAUAAAUAAUAUGCCGAGAAGGAGAAGAAGAAGCAGUAGAAAAAGAGAGUUUGUUGCACAAC